GAUCAACAUUGACAAUUUUAUUGUCAAACAAGCCGCAUGACAAAGUCAAGAAAAGUGUCAAUUUUGCGAAUGAUCAGAAGAAUUGGACAACGACGACAUCAUGGUAUUGCAUCCCGCAGAGGUUGCCCAGCACAAUAACGCCAACUCCUGUUGGCUCAUCAUUCAUAACAAGGUCUACGAUCUUACUGACUUUCUUCCAAAUCAUCCUGGAGGAAAGAAGGUGAUCCUGAAAAAUGCGGUAUGUGUUGCUUGCUCUUCAAAAAGCUCCCGUACGAACUAUUUUAGGGCAAAGACUCUACUGCAGACUUCGAUCUGAUUCACUCGAAUGACGUUCUCGAUAAGUGGCUGGAGCCAUCCAAGCACCUGGGCGAUAUCGAUACCAGCGUCGCAGGCAUGUCUGCGAAUGGAACCACCCAGUCCAAAGAACCGGAACAGAGCAAGCCAAAGCUAUCACAAUGCGUGAAUAUAUCAGACUUUGAGUCUGUAGCACAACAGACAAUGAAGAAAUCCUCUUGGAACUACUAUUCCACUGGGGCCGAGGACGAGUUUACCAUCAAGGAGAACAACGCAGCUUUCCAACGCAUACGGUUUCGGCCGAAGGUUCUUAUCAACGUUGAGCAUGUGGAUAUUUCUACCACUAUGCUUGGAGCCCAUACAUCCGCUCCAAUCUACAUAACAGCUACCGCACACGCCAAGCUUGGAGACCCAGACGGCGAAGUGACAUUGGCGAGAGCAAGCAACAAGCAUGAUAUCAUCCAAAUGAUACCAUUGUACUCAUCAUGUCCCCUCUACGACAUCACGAAUGCUAGGGAGCCUAAUCGGACUCAAUGGUAUCAGAUAUAUGUCAAGAAGGAUCGAAAUGUGACACGGAAGGCUGUUGAAGCCGCCGAAGCACGAGGCUGUAAAGCCUUGUGCAUCACUGUCGAUAAUCCGCACCUCGGAAGUCGCGAAAAGGUCCUGCGUUCGCAACAGAGUGAGUCUGAAGAAGACGAAUUCGAGGAUGCACCAGCAACAGAGCUGGAUCCGUCUCUCAUAAUGAACUCAACCCUGUCCUGGGACGACAUCCCGUGGUUUCAAGAAAUCACCAACAUGUCGAUUGUCCUCAAAGGCGUGCAACGAGUCGAAGACGUCAUUAAGGCAGUAGAAUACGGCGUCCAGGCUGUGAUUAUCUCCAAUCAUGGCGGACGACAACUCGAUUACUCAGAGGCUCCAAUUGAGGUCCUUGCGGAGGUUAUGCCUAUCUUGAGAGAACGAGGCCUUCAGGGCAAAAUUGAAGUGUAUAUUGAUGGCGGGGUUCGUCGUGGCUCAGAUGUGUUAAAGGCUUUGUGUCUUGGUGCUCGUGGCGUGGGCAUCGGUCGCCCAUUUCUCUACGCGAUGGCUGCCUAUGGACAGAAAGGACUUGAGAAAGCGAUUCGCAUCUACAAAGAUGAACUUGAAAGGAAUAUGCGACUGCUUGGGUGCACAUCAAUUGGCCAACUUCACCCAGGGCUGGUAAAGGUGCUCGGUGAGGUUCGGGAAAGGCUAUAAAAAAGAGGCAUUGAUUGGAGUCAUGUUCUAAAUGCAGGUAUUAUAGACUGACAUGAGCAUAUGAGGCGCUUUCGAAGUGAUAAUUGGAGUGAUCCAUGAAUAACAACGAAGGCUUUGAUGUGCGCUUCAGCUCAUGUUCAUGCAAGUCGG